AGCCGCCGCUCCAAGUUAAUUAAAAAGGCAGAUUCCAAUUUUCUCUCAAACUGUCUACGGAGAGACGGAGAGAAGCUGAAAAGUUUGCAAAGAUACUAUCAGAAGAGAAAUGGAGCAGAAGGUAGAGAAACCUGUGCCUAGAGUAGCUGUUGUAGUCUUCCUUUUGAAUGGGAAAUCGGUGCUGUUGGGGCGCCGCCGCUCCUCCUUCGGUGACUCCAUGUUUGCCCUUCCCGGCGGUCACCUUGAGUUUGGGGAGAGCUUUGAGGAAUGCGGAGCAAGAGAGAUGAAGGAGGAAACAGGUUUGGAUAUUUCCAAAAUAGAAUUUCUAACUGUUACCAACAACGUCUGGCCGGAGGAACCAAGGCCAUCACAUUAUGUUACCAUCUUUCUUCGUGCAAUCUUGGCUGACCCCAACCAGUUGCCCCAAAAUCUUGAGCCUCACAAGUGUUAUGGUUGGGACUGGUAUGACUGGGACAACCUCCCAAAACCAUUGUUUAGUCCAUUGGAAAAAAUGGCACAGAGCGGCUUCAAUCCUUUCCCUACUGACCAUAAUAUUUGAUGAUGGGAUAGAUAUCAAGAGGAUAAAAUUUAGUACUUUUGGGUAUCUGUAUUUUAUUAGAAAGAUUUUCGUUUUGCUCUUUAUUAUAGGAGUAGGGGAAGUAGGAGUAAAUCUGGGUCUCUUCAGAUUCAAUAUAUGCAGAUACUACUGGGUUAUGCCCUGAUCUGCUGAAGAUUAUCUUGAAUCUAUUGCUGAACCUUUUUGUUGAAUUAUAUGAAAGGGGCUGCGAAGUUUUCGUUACAAAAA